AUGCCACCAAAAAAGAAUGAGCAGAAGGAGGUUAAAGUACUUUUGGGGAGACCCAGGGGAAAUCUAAAGAUGGGAUUAGUAGGUUUACCUAAUGUGGGAAAAUCAACUACAUUUAACCUACUUUGUAAGCAGGCUGUUCCGGCUGAGAAUUUUCCAUUUUGUACAAUAGAACCACAUGAGGCUAGAAUGAACGUUCCCGAUGAUCGUUUUAGAGCACUUUGCAAGCACUUUAAACCAAAAAGUGAAGUUUCAGCAACUUUGACCAUCUUUGAUAUUGCAGGGUUAGUCCCGGGAGCUCAUAAGGGGGAGGGACUUGGGAAUGCUUUUCUUUCUAAUAUUCAAACAGUAGAUGGGAUUUAUCAUGUAGUUAGAGCAUUUGAGAGUGACGAAAUUGUUCAUACAGAAGGAGAAGUUAACCCUGUUAAGGAUUUGGAAACAAUUAGCAAUGAAUUGAGAAUGAAGGAUUUGGAGAGAGUUGAAAAGUUAAUUACAGAGUUAAAUAGGCUGACAAAAAACGGAACAGACAGGACCAAGAAGGAACAGGUUGCUGCUUUGCAGAUUCUCAAAGAUGUUUAUGCUCACCUUGAGGCUGGGAAUUGGAUCAGCAGCAAGCAUGAUUGGAAAUCUUCGGAGGUUGAGUUACUCAAUGAGCAUCAGUUUUUAACAGCAAAACCGGUUGUUUAUUUGGUAAAUCUCUCGGAAAAAGAUUACAUUCGUCAGAAGAAUAAAUUCCUUCCAAAAAUUGCAGAGUGGGUCAGGGAACAUAUUGACGGAGUAAUAAUACCGUACAGUGCUGAAUUUGAGGCGGCUUUGGCUGAGCUUCACACUGAAGAAGAAAGGAUGGCGUACAUUAAGGACAAGGGAGCUUCAAAAAGUAUGAUCGAUAAAAUCAUUAACACCGGUUACUCUGCACUAAACCUAUUACAUUAUUUCACAGCAGGUGAAGAUGAAGUUAAAUGUUGGACUAUCAGAAAUGGCACAAAAGCUCCACAGGCUGCAGGAAUUAUUCACACUGACUUUGAAAGAGGAUUCAUUUGCGCAGAAGUUUACAAAUUUACUGACUUAAUGGAAUUGGGAAGCGAAGCUGCUAUUAAAGCUGCAGGAAAAUAUUUACAAAAAGGCAAAGAUUAUGUUGUCGAAGACGGAGAUAUAAUAUUCUUUAAAUUCAAUGUCAGCAACUCUGGGAAAAAGUAG